AUGGCCGACGAUUCAUACCAGGCAGCCAUUGAUGGUUUGACCACUCUUCUCAGUGAGAAAGCUGGCCUCGGGAGCGUCGCCGCCGCAAAAAUCAAGCAGUUAACGGCUGAGCUGGAGGCCGCCAGCUCCACCGGUUUCGACCCCGUCCAGAGGCUCAAAACUGGGUUCCAAACCUUCAAGACUGAGAAAUAUGAGAAGAACCCUGAUCUUUUUGAGUCACUAAAGAAAGGACAAUGGCCGAAGUUUAUGGUAUUCGCGUGCUCAGAUUCCAGGGUGUGUCCAUCGCAAAUCCUGGAUUUCCAACCAGGGGAGGCUUUUAUGGUUCGCAACAUUGCCAAUAUGGUCCCGCCAUAUGACCUGACCAAGUACUCUGGCGUCGGGGCGGCCAUUGAAUAUGCGGUGCUGCAUUUGAAGGUGGAGAAUAUUGUAGUCAUUGGACACAGCCGCUGUGGAGGGAUCAAGGGGCUUAUGAGUCUCCCUGAUGACGGCUCCACUUCAAGUGACUUCAUUGAGCAAUGGGUAAAAAUCUGUUCCAACGCGAGGUCUAAGGUGAAAACGGACUGCAGCGACAUGAGUUUUGAUGAGCAGUGCUUCCACUGUGAGAAGGAGGCUGUGAAUAUAUCACUUGGAAACUUACUGACAUAUCCUUUCGUCAGAGAGGCCGUGGUCAAGAAAACUCUGGCGCUCAAAGGUGGACACUACGAUUUUGUCGAUGGAUGUUUCACGCUAUGGGACCUUGACUUCAAAAUCUCCCCUACCAUCUCUGUCUGA